CUCGCGCUGCAGCCCUGCUCCUGUCGCAACGAGAGCCUUCGAGAGCUUCUCCGCCCCCGCUACCGGCGCCUCCUCUGCUGCCGCGGAGCCGGAGCCGGCCUGAGCGGCGGAGGCUCGUCGUCUUCAAGGACCCAAGCACCCUCGUGGACGGUCGCCCGGCUUCGCCCGCCUGUCCGCGGCGCCCCGUCAGCCCACGCGGCUCGCCCUUUCCACGCGCCAACCCCGCCGGGGUCCGUGUGCAGUGUCGGCGGCCGGCCCUGGGCCCGAGCCCGAGCAGUAGCCGGCGCCAUGUCGGUGGUGGGCAUAGACCUGGGCUUUCAGAGCUGCUAUGUCGCUGUGGCCCGCGCCGGCGGCAUCGAGACGAUCGCUAACGAGUAUAGCGACCGCUGCACGCCGGCUUGUGUUUCUUUUGGUCCUAAGAAUCGUUCAGUUGGAGCAGCAGCUAAGAGCCAGGUUAUUUCCAAUGCCAAGAACACAGUUCAAGGCUUUAAAAGAUUUCAUGGGCGUGCAUUCUCUGAUCCAUUUGUGGAGGCAGAAAAAGCUAAUCUUGCGUAUGAUGUUGUGCAGUUGCCCACUGGAUUAACGGGCAUAAAGGUUACAUAUAUGGAAGAAGAGCGGAAUUUUACCACCGAGCAAGUGACUGCUAUGCUUCUGUCCAAACUGAAGGAGACAGCAGAAAGUGUUCUUAAGAAGCCUGUGGUAGACUGUGUUGUUUCAGUUCCUUGUUUCUAUACUGAUGCAGAACGCCGGUCAGUGAUGGAUGCCACACAGAUUGCUGGUCUCAAUUGCCUGCGGUUAAUGAAUGAAACAACUGCAGUUGCCCUUGCAUAUGGAAUCUAUAAACAAGAUCUUCCUGCCUUAGAGGAGAAACCAAGAAAUGUAGUUUUUGUAGACAUGGGACAUUCUGCCUAUCAAGUUUCUGUGUGUGCAUUUAAUAGAGGAAAACUGAAAGUUUUGGCGACAGCUUUUGAUACAACACUGGGAGGCAGAAAAUUUGAUGAGGUGUUAGUAAAUCACUUCUGUGAAGAAUUUGGAAAGAAAUACAAGCUAGACAUAAAAUCUAAAGUCCGUGCUUUAUUACGACUGUCUCAAGAGUGUGAGAAACUCAAGAAAUUGAUGAGUGCAAAUGCUUCAGACCUCCCUUUGAGCAUUGAAUGUUUUAUGAAUGAUAUUGAUGUAUCCGGAACUAUGAAUAGAGGCAAAUUUCUGGAGAUGUGUGAUGAUCUCUUAGCAAGAGUGGAGCCACCACUUCGUAGUGUCUUGGAACAAUCCAAGUUAAAGAGAGAAGAUAUUUAUGCAGUGGAGAUAGUUGGUGGUGCCACACGAAUUCCUGCAGUGAAAGAGAAGAUCAGCAAAUUUUUUGGUAAAGAACUUAGUACAACAUUAAAUGCAGACGAAGCUGUCACUCGAGGCUGUGCGCUGCAGUGUGCAAUCUUAUCACCUGCUUUCAAAGUGAGAGAAUUUUCUAUCACUGAUGUCGUGGCAUAUCCAAUAUCUUUGAGAUGGAAUUCUCCUGCUGAAGAAGGGUCAAGUGACUGUGAAGUCUUCCCCAAAAAUCAUGCUGCUCCUUUCUCCAAAGUCCUCACCUUUUAUAGAAAGGAACCUUUCACUCUUGAGGCCUACUAUAGCUCCCCCCAGGAUUUGCCCUACCCAGAUCCUGCUAUCGCUCAGUUUUCAGUUCAGAAAGUCACUCCACAAUCUGAUGGCUCCAGCUCAAAAGUGAAAGUCAAGGUUCGGGUAAAUGUCCAUGGCAUUUUCAGUGUGUCCAGUGCGUCCUUAGUAGAAGUGCACAAGUCCGAGGAAAAUGAGGAGCCGAUGGAGACUGAUCAGAAUGCAAAGGAAGAAGAGAAGAUGCAAGUGGACCAGGAGGAACCACACACUGAAGAGCAGCAGCCACAAACACCAGCAGAAAACAAGGUGGAGUCUGAGGAAAUGGAGACCUCUCAAGCUGGAUCAAAAGAUAAAAAGACGGACCAACCACCUCAAGCCAAGAAGGCAAAAGUGAAGACCAGCACUGUGGACCUGCCCAUCGAGAGCCAACUCCUGUGGCAGCUGGACCGAGAGAUGGUCGGCCUGUAUACAGAGAACGAGGGUAAGAUGAUCAUGCAGGAUAAACUGGAGAAGGAACGGAACGAUGCCAAGAACGCGGUGGAAGAAUAUGUGUACGAGAUGAGAGACAAACUUAGUGGUGAAUAUGAGAAGUUUGUGAGUGAAGAUGAUCGUAAUAGUUUUACCUUAAAAUUAGAGGAUACUGAAAAUUGGUUGUAUGAAGAUGGAGAAGACCAACCAAAGCAAGUUUAUGUAGACAAAUUGGCUGAAUUAAAAAAUCUAGGUCAGCCUAUUAAGACACGGUUCCAGGAAUCUGAAGAAAGACCAAAGUUAUUUGAAGAACUAGGGAAGCAAAUCCAACAGUAUAUGAAAGUGAUCAGCUCUUUCAAAAACAAGGAGGACCAGUAUGAGCACUUGGAUGCUGCCGACAUGACGAAGGUAGAGAAGAGCACCAACGAGGCGAUGGAGUGGAUGAAUAACAAGCUGAACCUGCAGAACAAGCAGAGUCUGACCCUGGAUCCAGUUGUCAAGACAAAGGAGAUUGAAGCUAAGAUUAAGGUAGUUUGCAACUUUAUGUACUUUGGACUUUUCUUGGCCGCUCUUUUGUUAUUAACAGUUGGGACUUAUUGUACGUCUUAGCUACUGGGGUUUAGCAUGCAAAAUAAAAUAUGUUUAAUUUAUAAGAAAUCAUCGUUUUCUUUCUUUACCAUUCUAGGAGCUGACGAGUAUUUGCAGUCCUAUAAUUUCAAAGCCCAAACCCAAAGUGGAACCCCCAAAGGAGGAGCCAAAACAUGCUGAGCAGAAUGGACCAGUGGACGGCCAAGGAGAUAACCCAGGCCCCCAGGCGGCUGAGCAGGGUGCAGACACAGCUGUGCCUUCUGAUGCAGACAAGAAGCUUCCCGAGAUGGACAUUGAUUGAUUCCAACAUUUGUUUAUAUUAAAACAGACUAUUAUAAAGCU